UUUCUUUUCCUGUCUAGAAGGCAGCAACAAAAACAACAUGGUCCAACGUCUGACGCUAAGAAGACGCCUGUCGUACAACACACGCUCCAACAAGAGGCGCAUUGUGCGCACUCCUGGCGGUCGCCUGGUGUACCAGUAUGUCAAGAAGAACAAGACUGUGCCCCGUUGCGGCCAAUGCAAGGAGAAGCUUAAGGGCAUCACCCCUUCCCGCCCCAGCGAGCGCCCACGCAUGUCCAAGCGCCUGAAGACCGUCGCCCGCACUUACGGAGGUGUUCUGUGCCACGGCUGCCUGCGCGAGCGCAUCGUUCGUGCCUUCCUCAUCGAGGAGCAGAAGAUCGUCAAGGCCCUGAAGAGCCAGCGCGAGGCAUUGGUGAAGCCGGUCAAGGCCCCCAAGGUUGAGCAGAAGAAGAAGCCCACUGGCAAGCCCACGAAGCCAGGAGCCGGCAAGGCCGGUGCGAAAUCCACGGGCCCCAAGGGAGCCGCUGGCGCUAAGGGAGCUGCCGGCAAGAAGCCCGGACAGAAGCCUGCGGCUGGCAAGCCCAGGAAGUAGACGCAUCGCGGACAUAGGACUUCGGAGUUCAGUUAACUGCUAAAUAAGAAAUUUAUAAAUAAAUUGUUUUUCCAAAACGGA